AUGGCUAUCCUUGGUAACCCAUUUUUUAUGUUUGUAUGUAUUGGAUUAUUCAAUGUCCAGUCCGUAGCAUCCAAUGCAGCUGACACCAUUAAUCCAUCCCAGCCUCUGGGAAAUGACAGUACCUUAGUUUCGCAGGGGGGAAGUUUUGAAUUGGGUUUCUUCAGCACUCCGGGAAAUUCCUGGAAACAUUACUUGGGAAUCUGGUACAAGAACAUCCCAUCUAGAACAGUUGUUUGGGUUGCAAACAGAGAGAACCCAAUCAACGAUACAUCCGGUGUGCUGAUGAUUAACAGCACAGGCAGUCUUGUUCUUCUCAGUGGGACUAAUAAUACUGUUGUUUGGACGGCAAGCUCGUGGAAAGCAGCUGAUCAGCAGAAUCGAGUGGUGGCGCAGCUCUUGGAUUCAGGAAAUUUUGUAUUAAGAGAUGAGAAAGACAGUGACCCAGGAAGUUAUUUAUGGCAAAGCUUUGAUUAUCCAACCGAUACAUUGUUACCGGGGAUGAAAGUUGGGAGGGACUUGAGGAUCGGUCUCAACAGGCGUUUAAAAUCUUGGAAAAACUCAGAUGAUCCCUCCCCAGGGGAGCUUACUUAUGAUAUAGAACUCCAUAAUUUUCCUGAGCCCUCUAUGUGGAAGGGCAACACCAAGUACUACAGGACUGGACCGUGGAAUGGCCUUCGAUUCAGUGGUGCUCCUGAAUUACGGCCUAAUCCGCUUUAUCGGUUUAAUUUCAGCCAGAGUCAGGAGGAGAUAUUCUACGCUUACCAGCUCAGAAACAAAUCAGUGAUAACAAGGCUGGUUUUGAAUGAAACCAGCUAUUCACUUCAGCGAUACACAUGGAUUGAAGUGGAUCAAACUUGGGAAGAGUACCUAUCAGCACCUAGAGAUCACUGUGACAAUUAUGGCCUAUGUGGUGCCCAUGGAAUUUGUGUGAUCAGUGAGUCACCAGUUUGCCAGUGUCUGAAGGGUUUCGCACCUAAGUCGGCAGAAAGAUGGAACAUAAUGGACUGGUCACUUGGGUGUGUCAGAAAUAAGCCACUGAACUGCCACAAAGAUGGGUUUGUCAAAUUUGGAGGGUUGAAACUGCCAGAGACCUCACAGACUUGGGUGAACGCAACUAUGAAUCUUAAAGAAUGCAGGGCCAAAUGCUUAGCCAACUGUUCUUGUACGGCUUAUACAAACUCCGAUAUUAGAGGCGGAGGCAGUGGCUGUGUCAUGUGGUUUGGCGACCUCAUUGAUAUUCGGCUGCUUCCAGCCGGUGGACCGGACCUCUACAUUCGAAUGCCGGCUUCAGAACUAGGGGCAAACCAACGGUCUAAGAUAAAGACAGCAGCAAUAACCGUGGCUGUCACUGGUAUAGUUUCUGUGCUGCUUAUUGUCACCUAUUGCAUCCGCAGAAGCAAGAGAAGCUUACGAGGAAACAACAAAGAUAAAGUUCACAUUGUUGAAGUUCAAGGGGAACAUCUCGAGCUACCAUUAUUCAAAUUGUCUAUAAUAGUCGAUGUCACAAACAAUUUUUCAUCUCACAAUAAGCUUGGAGAAGGUGGUUUUGGACCUGUAUACAAGGGUACAUUAUUAAAUGGACAAGAAAUUGCUGUGAAGAGGCUUUCGGUUUGUUCUAGUCAAGGAUUGAGUGAGUUCAAAAAUGAAGUUAUAGUGAUUGCAAAACUUCAACAUCGAAACCUUGUAAGGCUUUUGGGUUGUUGCAUUCAAGGAGAAGAAAGAAUGUUGAUUUAUGAAUAUAUGCCCAACAAAAGCUUGGACUCCUUUAUUUUUGAUCAAACAAGAAGUAGACAAUUAGAUUGGUCUACGCGUUUUCACAUAAUUUGUGGAAUUGCUCGCGGGCUUCUUUAUCUUCAUCAAGAUUCUAGGUUGAGAAUUAUACAUAGAGAUCUUAAAGCGAGUAAUGUCUUGCUUGAUGAUGAGAUGAACCCAAAAAUUUCAGACUUUGGUUUGGCUAAAAUUUUUGAUCAUGAACAAAAUGAAGCGAAGACAAGGAGAGUUGUUGGAACAUAUGGUUAUAUGGCUCCAGAAUAUGCUGUUGAUGGGUUAUAUUCUAUAAAAUCUGAUGUGUUCAGCUUUGGUGUUCUACUAUUGGAAAUAAUAAGUGGGAAAAGAAGUAGAGGAUUUAAUCACUCGAGCCACAGCCUUAACCUAAUUGGACAUGCAUGGAAAUUAUGGAAUGAAGGCAAGCCAUUUGACUUAAUCGAUGCGUUAUAUUUGGAACUAUUCCCUUUAUCUGAAGUAUUGCGAUGCAUUCAUAUUGGUCUAUUAUGCGUUCAACAACAUUCAAAGGAUAGACCAAACAUGUCAUUUGUGCUUUUAAUGUUAGGCAGUGAUGAUGACAGCAUAAUGCCUCAACCCAAGCAGCCAGCUUUCUUUAUAGGUAGGAAUCCACUUGAAGAAGCAGAUACUUCACAAAAAAAAUCGUCGAGCAAUGAAAUUACUAUUACUCUAUUGGAAGCGCGAUAG